AGUUAAUUUUCCCACACAAAUUUAGUUCUAGUAUUAGUAAUUAAAGUUUACAUGUUCGAAAAAAUACACUCAAUGUUCCAAUGUGUUGAUAUUUAACAUUCAAAACACAGGUAUACCCCCGCCGGAAUGAAUUCUGAUGCAAAUGAUCACAAUUUGCCUGGACAAACAUCUGCUGCAAGUGGCGGGAGUCUGGGGAUGGGCUCAGUCAUUGACAAUCACUCAUGGAAUUCGGUGCCAUUCCAAGUGUGUUCUAGUCCCAUGUUGAAACUGAAAAAUGAUUCUCUGUUUCUAGAAAGUUCAUCACCCCGCGUGCAUCUGUCGGGUGCAUUCGAGCCUUUGAUUGGUGCGUCUGGGGGGACAAUAAAGCAGCAGCAGGAGCAACAGUCCGUUCGCUCUUUCUUCAGCAAAUGGCCAGCAGCCAAGGAAUCAUGGUCCAAUCUUGACAGCGACGGAUCAAAUACAACCCAGCUCUCGAUAUCCAUUCCAAUGACCACUUCUGGAUUUUCUUCUUCUUCUUCAAGAAAUGCCUGUUUGCGAGAUGGUGAGUUUUAAGGUGUUCCCAUAAACGCACACACACACACACACACCCUGUUUGUCAUGUUAGAAUUUUACAUUGGGCAUGUUUAGAUCAUGAAAAAUGCCAGGGAAAGGUAACAAAUUUUGAAGAAAAUAACUAAUAUGUUUGUUCUUACCCGGGAAAAUGCAAAAAUGAGAAUGAAAUAUGAUUUAUUCCUAUAAAUUCUACACAGCUGUAUAUUUAGUUCUCUUACACUAUGUUUGGUUCAAGGAAUUUGAGUGAGAAAAGAAAAGAAAAUGAGGGGA